AUGUCUUCAUUUACAACUAUUACUAAUGAUCCACAGAAUCGUAUUCAACGACGUCUACUAUUCGAAGGAUUUAAUAUAACUGAUUCAGUAAAUUCUUCUAAUCGUCCGCAAUCAGCAACAAUGUUUACAUCAACACCUGAUCAUAAACUACAUGAAAAAGAAAAUGAAAAUCUAGAUUUAAUACCAUCGAAUGAAUCUCAAUCGUCAGAUCCUUGUUUAUUGCAAUUACAAAGUGCACGGCAAUUACUUCAUUCAAUGAGUCGAAAACAAGUUCCACCAACGAAUGAACAACUAUCAACUGAUGAUCCACUGCCUCGAACAGAACUUUUUAAUGAAGCAAAUCCUGAAUUAGUAUAUUAUAAAUCAUCAUUAGAAAGUGAACGUAGUCGUCGAAAACAAUUGGAAACAUUAGUCGAUGUUCAACAACAGCGUUUAACAGAAGCAGAAUCUGAAUUAAUACAAUUACGUGCAAAUGAUCAUAAGAAAACUUUAUGUAUGAAACAGCUCGAGCAAAUGAUACCAAAUGUUGUUGAUGAAUGGAAACAGAAAGAAACUGAAUAUAAAACAAAAUUGAAUAGUUUAACGCAACAAUUGAAACAACUUGAACAAACGAAUCGAGAAAAAAUCUCAAAUGAGAAACAACAAUUUGAUAUACAAUUAAAUGAAAAGACUCUACUUAUUGAACGUUUAACAAGAGAUAGUGAAAAUAAAAAAGAAGAUUAUGAAAAUUUACAAUCAAAAAUUAAACAAAAUGAACAACGUAUACAACAGUUAACAAAAGAUGCAGAACAGGCUAAACAACGAUGGUCUACACUUGAAAGUGAUUUACGUAAUGAAAUAAAAAAUGGCGAAACUCGUUUUAAUGAUAUACAAUCUGAAUUGGACAAAAAACAAGAACAGAUCGAGCAAAUGUUACGUGACCAACAUAAAUUAAAUAGCGAUCAUCAACUCAAAAUUCGUCAAUUAGAAAAUGAUCUCGAUGAACAACGCCGUGAAAAUAAUGUAUUAAAAAUGGAACUUGAAUUGCGUGAAGCAAAAUAUCGUGCUCAAACUGAAUCUCUUAAAAUUCAACUUAUGCGUGAUGCUGAAACUAAACUUACGCAACGUCUUGAAGAACAACAUGCAAAACAUAUUCAAAUUGAACAAGAAAUAAAUGAAUUGCAUCGCCGUAAACUAGUUGAUUCAGAAGAAAAACAUGAACAAAUUGUUGCUCAUGAACGUUAUGAACAUGAAAAUCGUGUUCAAGUAUUAAUAAAUAAACUUGAUCAAAUGAAAAAUGAGAUGGAACAUAUACAAUCAACAACCAAUGCUGAACGACAAGAUUUAGCAAAAAAAUUACAAGAUGUUUUCGAAACAACGCUUUUUAAAGGAUCAACAAAAACAAAUUUUCAAAAAAAUGAAAUCCUUAAUCCACCGUCGUCAUUAUCAUCUACAACAAUAAAUCAAAUGAAAUUACAGAUCAGUGAUAGUCAAGUUAAAGCAAAACCUACUGAAUUCCUGCCUGCAUUACCAUUAACUAACAACGAUCAUCCAACUAAUAUGUCAACCAUACGGUCGCUCUCAUCUCGUAUUGAAUCACUGGUUGAUCAAACUAAUCGAGUUGCCAAUGGUUAUGAAUUCAAUUCUCAGCCACCAUCAUCAAUGCAACAAGAAAAUACUUCACAAAAAUUUGAAAACAAUCAAAAUCAUAUAUUAUCUUCGCAACCACAUAGUAAUAUUCACUCACCAUUUUAUCGUUCAACUCCAAUUGAUUCAUUACAAGAAUGGUAUCCACAAACAAUUAGUCAACCAUCAUUUCAUUCCAGUAGUAAUCAAUUAACUAAUCGAAGCCUAUCAGCAGAUCCUAUAACUAAUAGCGGAUUAUUUUCAAUCUAUCCUUCACAUAAUUCCGACCAGCAGCAGCAGCAACAACAACAACAACAACAUCAACCUUCAUCAUCGAAUUCUUUUAGUUUUGAUAGUAAUUUAAAUAUAAAUCAUAUUUAUCAACCAGCCAUAUCAUCUUAUCGUUCGACAUCUUCAAUGCCAUCAAAUUUAACUGAUCACCAACCGGAAGUACAAAUAACUAUAUCAAGAGAUAGUAUUGAAAAUCAUCAAACAGAUCAAACAUCAUCAACAAAUGAAUCAUUAACAAGAUAUGUUAAAAUGUUGCUCGAGCGUUCACCAACUCAAGAUAACACUACAUCAAAUAAACAUCCAUUGUCUAAAACAAAUCGAUCUUUACAUGAUAUACAAUUAUCUAUUGAUCAACUAAAUUUUACUGAACGAGAUCCUAAAAUAAUUGUUGAUGAUUUAGUUCUACAUGGUGAAUCUCAUUUAUCACAUAUUAUAACACCACGACAACGUAAACCAUCAUCAGCAGCAGCAUCAAUAACAACAACAACAACAGCACAUGGCGGUGGUGGUGGCGCUAGGAAAAAACUUGAUUAUGAAAUGCAUAAUACUAAGCAAAGUAAUUCAAAUGAUUUAUUCGAAAGACUUUCUCAACCAAAGACAAGAAUUAAAAAAGAUAAACCAAAACAUCAACAGUCACAACAGCAGCAACAACAACAACAACAACAACAACAACAACAACAACAAUCAUCUUCAACAACAGGAGGACAUAGUGUAUGGAAAUAA